AUGCGUCUACCCUAUGCCCCGAGGGAACUACCCCCAACUGAGAGCGAUGCCAUUCAGAUCUACCAACGGAUCUCAGCGCGUCGUUUGCCGCGCCCUCUCCUCCCCCUGGACCUUGCAUUGUUACAAGCCCCUCCUGUGGCCGACGGCUACAACUCCUUCAUCGGCUCUCUCCGCACAAAAACCAACAUCUCGCCCGAUAUCCUGGAACUGAGCAUCUGCCGUAUCGGCGUCCUCAACAACGCGGUCUAUGAGUGGAAUAUACAUGGACCGCUCGCACUGAAAGCAGGGGCUUCCGUCAGUGAACUCAGUGAUGUGGCUGCUCUUCCCACUCUCACGGAUGAAGAGAACGCACGAAAGGCCUGGGCGAGCAGUGUUCUUAGCAGAACACAGGAGGCUGUGAUUAGAUAUACGGAUGAGAUGACGGUUCGCGUGGCGGUUAGCGAUAAGGUGUUUCAGGAGUUGCAUGAGGUUUUGCCAUCCGACCGCGCGAUUGUUGAACUUACCGCGACUAUUGCAGGGUAUAACUGUGUCAGUCGGUUCUUGGUGGCUUUGGAUGUGGGAGAGCAUAAUGACGGCGAAAUGGAAAGUCCGCAGAAUAUGAUCGAGUCCGCUUAA